AUGGCUGGCACAGCUACAGCGCUCACCACCAAGGUGGAAAGCGGAUCUCCUUAUCAGCUCGAUGUACUGAAAGCUUCCAAUGCGCUCCUGAAUCACAUCAAGACCUCCGAAAAGGCAGCAGCGAUGGCCUCCGGCAAGCAGAGUCUGCUCCAAGACGACGAAGAGGAGGACGAGGCCACAGAAUCCACUCCCAUCUGGCUCCAGCUCACCACCAAGAAGCACAUCAUCGACCAGAAGAAGUUCAAGCCCAUCAAGAUCGCCCUACCCCACGCCCUCAACACCUCAUCCACAAAAACCAUCUGCCUCAUAACCGCCGACCCGCAACGCACCUACAAGGACCUGAUCGCCUCGGAUGCAUUCCCCUCUGAGCUGGCCACGCGCAUCACCCGCGUCGUCGGCGUGCAGAAGCUGAAGAAAAAAUGGAAUCAGUACGAAUCCCAGCGCAAGCUCUUCGCCGAGCAUGACAUCUUCCUAGCUGAUGACCGCGUCAUUACUCAAUUGCCAAAAUUGUUGGGCAAAACUUUUUACAAGAGCCAGUCGAAGCGGCCUAUUCCAGUCUCCAUCAUGGAGCCGGCUCCAAAGACCAACGGGAAGCGCAUUGCGAAGGCUAAGGAGGAGGCGAAGGAGAAGACUGGUGGACGGGGGGCAGCAAAUGCCAAGGCUGUUGCCAAUGAGAUUACGAAAGCGAUUGCUUCCGCUGUCGUUAAUUUGACGCCUUCAACAAAUACCGCUGUUAGAGUUGGGUAUGCGCACUGGGAUGCAGAGAAGCUGGCUGCAAACGUAGGAGCGGUGAGCUUGGCGCUGAUUGAGAAGUAUGUUCCAAAGAAGUGGAGAGGUGUGAGAUCAUUGCAUAUCAAAGGUCCUGAGACUGCAGCUCUACCGAUCUGGUUGGCGGAUGAGUUAUGGGUGGACGAGAAGGAUGUUCUGACCGAGGAAGAUGCGCAGAAGAUUGCGCAGGCGAACAUUGGAAAGAAGCGCAAAUCCAAGGUUCUUGAGGGCGUCGAGAUGGAGAACAGCGACCAAGUGAAGGAUGCCAAGAAAGUCAAGAAGCAAAAGUUGAUCGAAAGCAACGAUGAUAAUCUGGACAAGGAGAUCGCUGCUAGAAAGGAGAAGCUGAAGAAGCAGAAGGCGGAUGCGGCUAAGGAUGUGGUUGCAGACGAAGUUCCUAGGUCUUCAAAGAGAGCGAAGAAGGGCAAGCCUGUCACUGCUUAA